UUGCGCAGUAAACUGCGAGCUAGGAAGCCCCGCAGCUGCGGCCCUCUCUCCCAAGACCGAGCUGGGCGCGGUUGAUCUCCCGUUCUCUUUCGCCUUCUGUUGCCCUCUCUCUCUCUCUCCCUCCCUCUCUCCCCCUUUCCCUCUCUCCCCUUCUCCUCCUCUCCCGCCCCCGGUCGGCCAGGCGUUUCAGGCAGUCGGCGGCGGUGUGCCCUCGUCUUCUUCGUUGCUGGGGUGCAGUCCAUCCUUUAGGAUCCCUGCUGAGUAUCUUGUCUGAAGAGCUGGGUCCCAUUUUAUUGCUCAGAUAAGAGCAUCCUGAAGUUAGUCUCAUAUGUGGACAACUUGUUGAGAGAUACAGUGAAGGUGAGGAAGCCAGCCAGUCUGUUUUGAAGAUACCUUGGCCAGAACAAGGUACAACUGUGCAUCAUCAUGCCCAAGUUUUACUGCGAUUACUGCGAUACAUACCUCACUCAUGAUUCUCCAUCUGUGAGGAAGACACACUGCAGUGGGAGGAAGCACAAAGAGAAUGUGAGAGACUAUUACCAAAAAUGGAUGGAAGAACAAGCCCAGAGCCUGAUUGAUAAAACAACCACUGCAUUUCAGCAAGGAAGAAUUCCUCCCAACCUGUUCUCUGCUCCUCCACUAGGAGGGCCUAUGAUCCCACCUCCUCACCCUAGCAUGAUGGGGCCCCCCCCUCCUGGAAUGAUGCCUGUGGGGCCACCUCCUGGCAUGAGGAUGCCCAUGGGAGGCCACAUGCCUAUGAUGCCUGGCCCUCCAAUGAUGAGGCCCCUUCCUCAUCCCAUGAUGGUGCCCACUCGCCCAGCAAUGCCCAGACCAGACAGAUAAAAUGGAGAGAAUAUAAAGAAACCCAUCUCUCAGUUUUUUUCUAUUCUUUGUUCUAUUUCACCAGAACAUCAUGGUGCUGGGUCUCAGACAUGGGUUUUCCCCAUCCCCCCCUUCCCCUUUUAAAAUGUUGGCACUCUUUUACAUCACUGUCACUUUCCCAUUAUUCCCCUCCCCACCAUUAUAUCCCUCCUCCCCUGUGAUAAAUAAGCACAGUGAAAAAAAAAUCAACACAUUGGACGUGUCUAAAUUUAUUCCUUGUUCUGUACCUAUAGUUUAACAUCUCUCUGCCAAAGGAAAGUAAACAUACUUUACCAGUCCUCUGAAGUCACAGUUGCAUAAUGCAUUGAUCAGAGUUUCGAAAUCUCAGUGUUGUAUUCCUUUAUAUUGUGGUUGUUGUGUGAAUUGUUUUCUUGUUCCUGCUUCCUUUCCCUCUCCCAUUAGUACAUACAAGCCUUUCCACAUUUCUCUGACUUCUUCAUAUUUGUAGUACAGUGAUAGUGCAUUGCUUUCAUAUCCCAUAAGUUCAUUUGACGUUUCUCAGUUGAUGAGUUAUUUGCUUGCAGUUCUUGGCUACUACGAAAAGUGCUGCUAUAAAUAUUUUUGUAUAUAUGGGACCUUGCCCCUCUAUCUUUGCCCUUCUUGGGUUAUAUGCCAAUAGUGGUAUCACCGAGUCAAAGUUGUGCGUGUUUUAGUGACUUUUUAGAGUAAUUCCAAAUCAUUUUUCAGAAUUGUUGGACAAAUUCACAGCUCCACCAAAAGUGCAUUAGUGUGGCUAUCUUUCCACAGUCCUUCCAGCUUUGACCGUUUUCAUCUUUUGUCAUCUUUCUUAAUCUUACGAGUGUAAAGUGAAGCUUUGGAACUUUUUAAUUUGCAUUCUUUUUAGGGAGUUAGAGCAUUUUGUCAUGAUUGUAGUAGCUUGCAGUUUUUCUUUUUGCACACUGCCCCAGGGGUAGUUUCCAAAUGUGUAAGAAGAUUUCCCGCUUCCUGUCAAAGAAGAAACAAUUUAAAAAGGAAGGGUGGGACAGAAAUGCAGCUUCUAUUUGUAUCGUGAAGUAUAAAAAUAAAAAUAUCGACUGUUUUAGCAUUUUAAAAAA